UACCGCGCCGGUGUGUUGGCUGCUGCUAUUCUAGCGAUGCUUUGCAGGAGAGCAUCAAUGUAGCUUGCAAACACGUUAAGUUUUAAUAUGAACCAAAAAGCUGAAAUAUACAGCCAUACAACAUAUUCUGUCAGUGCCGCAGAGCAGGCAAUGUAUGCUGACGGUUAUUGAGCUAUGCUUCUUCUGUAUUGAGGGGGCAAUUCACAGGCGUGGCAUCGCAAUUGCACGGGAUGCGGUCAGACUGGAGGAAAAAUGAAUCUGGAAAAGGGGAACUUAAUUAGCAGAUCUGCAUUUCCAUAAUAAGCAGUAAUAACUAGAUCAGCGGCCGUUUCAAUAUAUACCAUUGUGAAGACAAGGCGGUGGCUCACGCCGAUGCAGUAACGAGCUGACCUCCUCCCCUCCCCACCCAGUGAAGAUGAGCAGCGAGGCCCCCCCCUCCCCGGCCCCUCUCAAGGAGCACAGUGACGACUCCCCCCCCACCUCCCCUCUCAAGAGCUGUGAGGGAGACCCCCAGCGUCAGGACUUUCACUCGAUGGAUCCCGGGAAGAGAGCCUCCCUCAUCCUGCAGAGUCCGUCCUUCAGGGAGGAGCUGGAUAGUCUGAUCCAGGAGCAGAUGAAGAAGGGAAACAAUUCCUCCAACCUGUGGGCCCUGCGGCAGAUCGGAGACUUCCUGGCAUCACAGGGAGCCCCUGCCAGCCUGCCCGUCUCCCCCUCCUCUCUGAUGAUGGUCAUCCCCAUCAAUGACCUCCACGGCACUGACCCCGCCACCCUGGCUAAAGGAGAGAGGUUGAUGCGCUGCAAGCUGACAAGUGUCUAUCGGCUAAUGGACCUGUACGGCUGGAGCCAGCUAGCCAGGACCUGUCUCACUCUGAGAGUGAGCAAGGAGCAGGAUCACUUCCUCGUCAAUCCCCAAGGCCUGUCGUACAGUGAGGUCACAGCAUCCAGCCUGGUGAAGGUCAAUGUUCUGGGGGAGCUGGUUGAGAAGGGCAGCACCGCUCUGGAGGUGGACAGGGCCGGCUUCCGGCUCCACUCUGCCAUCUACUCUGCGCGGCCGGACGUGCGCUGCCUGAUACACCUGCACACCCCUGCCACCAGCGCGGUCUCUGCCAUGAAGUGUGGUAUCCUGCCUGUGUCUCACGAGGCCCUGCUGGUUGGGGAGGCGGCAUACUUCAAUUACACCGGAGACAUGGAGGGGGAGGAGGACAGAGUGGAGCUGCAGAAGAGCCUGGGGCCCACCUGCAAGGUACUGGUGCUGAGGAACCAUGGCGUGCUGGCUCUAGGGGAGAGUGUGGAGGAAGCCUUCUACAGGAUCUACCACAUCCAAUCAGCAUGCGAGAUUCAGGUCUCAGCUCUGUGCAGUGCCGGCGGGGUUGAUAACCUGAUCCUGCUGGACAGGGAGAGACAGCGCCCCCACCAGGCUGGCUCAGUGGGCUGGGCGGGGUCCACCUUCGGGCCGAUGCAGAAGUGCCGCGCGGGCGAGCAUGAGUUCGAGGCUCUGAUGAGAACCCUGGACAACCUGGGUUACCGGACGGGUUACGCGUACCGCCACCCCGUGCUGCAGGAGCGCUCGAAGCCGCGCAGCGAGGUGCAGAUCCCGGCGACCGUCACGGCGUUCAGCUUCGAGGAGGAGCCCGUGCCGCGCUCCGCACCCCGCCACCAUGCCCAGCGGCAACAGCACGAGAAGACACGAUGGCUCAACACACCCAACACGUACCUGCGGAUCAGCCAGAGCGAGGGCAGCCCGGGCACCAAGACCACAUGGCUCAGAGCGGAGGAAGCCAAACCCAGCAGUGGCUCUGCCAUCAAGACUGAGAACCCCAACCUGUUUGUGCCUCUCUUCACUGACCCUCGAGAGGUGCUGGAGACCAGGAAUAAGAUCCGGGAGCAGAACCGUCAGGACAUGAAGUCCGCCGGGCCACAGUCUCAGCUCCUGGCCAGUGUGAUCACAGACAAGAGCCGGAGUCCGUCCGCAGACACUGAGUUGGCACACGUGGCCGGUCCCACGGAGCCAGGGGGGGAGCCCGAGAGAGAUGUGCCCGACCCCGAAACACCCAACCCAUUCAACCAGCUGACAGACCAAGAGUUGGAGGAGUACAGAGAGGAGGUGCAGAGGAAGCAGAGGGGCGGGCAGGACGGAGCUGAUGACCAGCCGGCUGAUGAAGACGUCCCCCUCACCCACCAAGAGCCCCCCCGCCUCCCCCAACAAGAGCCCCCCCGCCUCCCCAACCAGGUUCUUCCGCUGAGAAAGAUUCCAAGACAAAAGACGUUUCCAAGACGACACCAGACGGGCAAAUCAAACAGCAGGAGCAGCGGCCUGCAGUGGUGCUUAAUGGGAAGGAGGAGGACCAAACCAUGGAGCAGGAGCUGAGCAAAGGAAUGAAGGAGCUGUCCACACAGGGAGAGAAGGAGAAGACAGACAGCGUCCCCCCUGGGGUCCUUACACUGUCCCC